UAUAUUUAAAUAUAUAUACAUGUAUGUAUUUUUAAAAUUUUUGUGGAUAAAACUGUUUAAGGAAAAAUUGAUUGAAAAUAUUAUUAUUUAAUUAAAUCCCAGGAUUGCAGUUAUUAUUAAGAGCAAUUGUAAAAAAAUCUGGGGCAUUGAAUAUUGUGUAGAUCUACCCUCUUUAAUGUGGGCAUGAAAGUUAAGUUGAGCUCGAUCGUACUUCAUCGUCAUUGCCGUGCUGUUAGCAAUUAAAUAUAAUUUGUUACCAAUCGCUGAGCAUUUGCUUGUUGUUGCUUUUUGUGUUAAGACUGUCAUGCAAUAAUUAAAUAAAACAAACCAGAACCGAUUGCAUUUCGAUAUCAAUUACACCAUAUCUGGGGAUAUCCGGAACAAGUUCGUUUCCGGUUGAAGCUGCACUUUGCUGCCCAAUGCAGCUUCUUUUAAACCCUCGACAGCAGUUGAUCGAGCAUCAGUCAUCCAACGUUUGAAAUGGAGAUCUCUUCUAGUUCAGUUCAGCAUCUGGUGGUGCUGGGAACCAUUAUCCUGGCCAUCAGUCUUGCUGGGGUCCACGCUGAAAAAAAAAUAAGAAUCAAAACGUUGGAGAAAAGUUCCGAGAACUCCGAGUAUCUGCACAGCCACCUCCGCAUCUCCGAGUACGAGGAAAAUGUGGUUAAAAUAAAUGGAGAACUCAAACUGCAUAAGGAUAUCGACAACGAUUGGACGAUCCAAUUUAAGGUCUUUCGAUCUCCAUUGGAUGGUGGGGAGUCCCACCUGGUAGUGGACCUCAACGAAAUGCACGUUUGCGACACUAUGAAGACCUACUACAAGGAUUUCUUUUACGAUCGGCUUAAGGAGUACUCGAAUGCCCCACACCCUUCGACCUGUCCUGUGCCGGCAGAACAUUACAAGCUGGAAGACUAUCCGUUGGACGUCCAUCUUUUGAAGAAGCUAAUGACCCCAGGGCGGUAUGAAUCAAAAUUCAAUCUUUUCAAGGGUCAUCACGAGAUGUUGUCAUAUACGAUGGAAUUGGAAGUCGAAUAAUGAAUCUAGAUGUUUCCUGUAUGUUCAUUUUAUUGCGGUAUAAAUAAACCUAUUCGAAGGACCGCAUCUGCUU